AUGGAAAGACAAUACUUUACAUUUGUAUCAUCAUUAUUGCUCGCUUUGGCAGUUGUUGCAGCUUUUGCAAGUGUUGGAGAGGCUGCUGGAACACCCAACAUCAUUGUUGACUUCACCGUAAAGUCAUUCAAUGUCACAAACAUGUCGAUUGGAUCGACUGUGUCUACUUAUGGCUCAACUAACUUGAUCAAAGGAGGUGCUGCCUCGACAAACUGGAGAACUCUGCUUGGCAAACUCGGACCCCUAGUCUGGCGGAUACCCCUUCGCUACUUCAAUGGCAACGUCGGAUCGUCUGCUGGAGGCAACUUUGGCGACACCAACGGCGCCGCCUACAUCCAGGCCAUCCGCAACAUUAGCGGAAUCCCCUUUGUCGUAAUUGGUGGUUCCACCAACGACAAUGACAUCACCACGUCGGAUGCCGCCUCGCUUGUCCACUACUUUAACGACAAUGGCGGUAAGAAUGGCGGCCCAGUCGACUACUACGUCAUUGGCAACGAGCCCGACAAUGGCUUUGGAAUGGACAACUACAUCUUUGGAGGCGCCGGCAAUGCAGGCUACCACAACAUUGCUGUUGCUAUGCGUGCUGCCACUACACGCCGUCUGUACCUCGCCGGUCCCUCGUUAGUCACAUGGGCCGACUACAAGUACGGCGACUUCAACAACUUCAUGAGCAACUGCAAUGCCGACACCGACAUCAUCGACUUCCACAAGUAUGGCGACGGCAAGGUGUUGGGCAACAUCAACGCCACAUACCAGUACCGCGAUGCCCUCAACUGGCUGCGCCAACAGAUCAAUGUGUACUUUGGCGCACGUGCCAAUCAAAUCAACAUUCAGCUUGGUGAGUUCAACUACAACUCAUGGUACGAUGGCUCGUGGGCCCAGGCCUUCUACACCUCGCGCAAUCUCGUCCACACCGUGUCUACCAUCGGCCAGGUGCUCAGCCGCGGCGGUCGCGCUUACAACUAUGCAGACAACAAUGGCGCCCUCGGUCUCAUUACCGACGGUACCUCCAACAAUGACGCACCAGCCGGCAAGUACGUCCCACUGCCAUCCUACUGGGGCAUUGCCGCAUGGACUGGCGGUAGCUACCUGCGUAAGCUGGGCACUGUGAUGGUGAGCGCCACAUCGCUAGUCGACGGCGUCGAGGUUUACGCCACCGACAACAAGGCCAAGAUUGUGCUGAUCAACAAGUCCGAGACCCAGGACCAAGCACUCGUCAUUCAGAUGAAUGGCAAGACAACUGGCAUCUACUCGCUUUACUCGUUCCGUCGUGGAAUGACCGCCACAGACUUCACCAACGGCCUCCAAUUCAAGGCUCCACUCAAGACAGUCUCUAGCGCCACAUACCAAAAUGGUAUCAUCUCAGUUACCAUUCCAUGGAUGAGUGUUAUUGUUGCCAUUGUUGAUUGA